AAAUGAAUGUUCUUUGGAAACAUUCACUGCUACUGACGCUGGUCAGUCAGGUCCGGGAUAAGACCAGUCAACCCACCCACAGGCCAAACAAGGAAGUCCUGCGUUUGCAUGCGGCCGCCUCCCGCGAAGAAGACCGGAAGGAACGCCAGCGCCUUCCUUUGCGCAAGCGCAGGCCGACCUCUCCCAUUGGUCAUCUCAGCUCGAAGUUGGCGUGCUCAUGCGCUCCGCUGUCCUGCCGGCUGGGUUGGAUUGACGUGGACGUGUGCCCUAGUGUUUAUCCGGCGACUGCAGCCCACAGGCCCGCCGGGCCGCAGUUCAUGAUGCUUACGGAGGUUUUUUUGUUUGUCAUUAUUAUUUUUUUUAACCUUCUGAAAUCGUUUGUUUAAGCCGGUGAUUCAUUCAUGCUCAAGUACCGAAAGUCUGACUGAAAGAAUAUUGAGCUUCCUGGUUCAGGGCCGGACGCUUACCUAACCUACUGACUUGGGAGCUUCAGAACCAUGGGGACAAAGGAGGUAGGGGAUGCUAGAGCAGCAGAGUUGGGCCUCCUCCCCUCAACCAACCCAAACAAGCAAAUGUCUGAAAAACCAAACUAUGCUCUUAAAUUUACUCUCGUGGGACAUACGGAAGCAGUAUCAUCGGUUAAGUUUAGUCCUAAUGGAGAAUGGCUAGCAAGUUCUUCUGCUGACAAGGUAAUUAUAAUUUGGGGAGCCUAUGAUGGAAAGUAUGAGAAGACACUUCAUGGUCACAAUCUGGAGAUAUCAGAUGUUGCCUGGUCAUCAGAUUCCAGUCGCCUUGUUUCUGCCUCAGAUGAUAAGACGCUAAAGAUUUGGGAUGUGAGAUCUGGAAAAUGUUUGAAAACGCUGAAGGGGCAUAGUAAUUAUGUUUUUUGCUGUAAUUUCAAUCCACCAUCCAAUCUCAUCAUUUCAGGAUCUUUUGAUGAGAGUGUGAAAAUAUGGGAGGUGAAAACAGGGAAGUGCCUUAAGACUUUGUCUGCUCAUUCUGACCCAGUUUCUGCUGUUCAUUUUAAUUGUAGUGGGUCUUUGAUUGUGUCAGGUAGCUAUGAUGGUGUCUGUAGAAUUUGGGAUGCUGCAUCAGGUCAGUGUUUAAAAACACUUGUUGAUGAUGAUAACCCUCCUAUCUCUUUUGUAAAAUUUUCUCCAAACGGAAGAUAUCUUCUAAUUGCAACUUUGGACAAUACUCUUAAACUGUGGGAUUAUAGCAGAGGCCGAUGUCUGAAAACAUACACUGGUCAUAAGAAUGAGAAAUACUGCAUAUUUGCCAAUUUUUCAGUUACUGGUGGAAAAUGGAUUGUGUCUGGAUCAGAAGAUAAUCUGGUUUACAUUUGGAACCUUCAGACUAAAGAGAUUGUACAGAAAUUACAAGGUCAUACAGAUGUUGUAAUCUCAGCAGCUUGUCAUCCUACAGAAAACAUCAUUGCAUCAGCAGCAUUAGGAAAUGACAAAACAAUUAAACUGUGGAUGAGUAACUACUAAACCCUUUAGAAAUCAACUAGUAGAGCCAAAUUGGCAAAAAAAAAA